AUGACCAAAAAUUAUCCCUCUGUAUCUAAAUCUAUGAUUUAUCCACCAAAGAAACAGAUUAAUCUACUGAGAGGCUGGCCUAAUACUUCUCUUCUUCCCACUUCGUACAUUCAGAAUGCAGCAAAUAAAGUCCUUACAAACCCAGAUCUAGCUAAUCCCGGAUUAUUAUAUGGACCGGAUCCAGGGCCAUCAAGUAUGAGGGAGAGUGUUGCGAUAUGGCUUCGAGAGUUUUAUUCUGAGUAUUAUCUUUCUUCUGGCUCCAACUCAGAAGAAGAAAAGAAUACUCGGGAACCAUUGAAUAAAGAUAAUCAAGGUACACAGACAAGUCCAGAAGCAGAUCGGAUAUGUAUUACAGGAGGAGCAUCGCAAAAUCUAGCGUGUAUAUUACAGACAUAUACAGAUCCACUAGUUACGAGAGUAUGGAUGGUUACGCCAGGGUAUUUUUUGGCGGGGAGAAUCUUUGAUGAUAGUGGAUUGAGAGUGAGAGCAGUUGGGGAGGGUGAUGAGGGGGUGGAUUUGGAGGGAUUGAAAAGAAUGAUGAAGGACGCAGGCAAGGAGGAUAAUGGUGUCGAGCCUAUCAAAGACUCAAAAUCGAGACCAUGGGGUAAGAUCUACAAAAAUAUUAUCUACUGCGUCCCAACCUUUUCAAAUCCGUCUGGAAAAACAAUGUCACUAUCAUGUCGCACUUCUCUGGUCAGAUUGGCUCGCAAAUACGAUGCGUUAAUCGUCACAGAUGAUGUCUAUGAUUUUCUCCAAUGGCCUACAUCAUCAUCUUCCCCUGAUACUCCUCUUAAAAAGGCUUUACUUCCCCGUCUCGUCGACAUUGACCGUACACUCGAACCUAUCCCUGAUGCAGCUAGUUUCGGAAAUGCAGUCAGUAACGGCUCAUUCAGUAAAAUAGCAGGACCAGGUGUUCGUACCGGAUGGGCUGAAGCAACUCCAAAAUUCGCGUUGGGAUUGAGUCUAGUGGGUAGUUCGAGAAGUGGUGGAUGCGCAAGUCAGUUGACUGCUACUAUUAUUGAUCAAGUUUUAAGAUCGGGAGAUUUAAUGAAACAUAUUGAGGGGGUACUUCAACCUGCUUAUAGGGAGAGAUGUGUGAGAAUGAUGAGAGCGAUUGAGAGGGAAUUGGGUCCAUUAGGUGUGACGGUUGAAAACACGGGAAUGGAAUCGGGUGAAACAAAAGCCUUUGGAGGCUAUUUCAUUUGGUUGAAUUUGCCAGAUGGAAUUGAUGGUGAUUUGGUAGCGCAGAUGGCAUUGGAAGAUGAAAAUCUUGUGGUAGCUAAAGGAAGCAUUUUCGAGGUGCAAGGGGAUGAGAGUGUGAAGUUGUCUAGGGGAUUGAGACUUUGUUUUUCGUGGGAGGAGCCGAAUGAUUUAGAAGAAGGUACUGUGAGGUUAGGGAGAGUUGUUAAGAAAGUUUUGGAAGGAGGUGUCCUAAGAAGUGGGAAUGGAAGGGAAAAUGGAAAGAGUCUUGCGGAAUUCAAGUGA